AUGGGAAAUAUCCAAUUCAAGUUCACACAUCCCACGGCUGGCCCUUCCAAGCUACUCCUGCCCAACCCUGAACUCACCACAGUCAUCAUGGGUGAGAACAUUGACUUCAGACCCCCAUUGUACACAUUAGUUGGGCAUGAGGAUGAUUUGCGAGAAGAGGAGCCUGAACUCGAUCGAGCUGAGGAUCGAGAGUAUGAGGCUCCAAGGAUGAACCCCUCUGUUGUGGCUGCUCACAAGAGGAUUGGACUUCUCCAAAAGCUCAACAAGUGGCAAGGGAAGGCCAUAGAGAAAAUGCAAAAGUCCAUGGACAAAAUGGUGAGCAAGAUUAAGAGUUUGGAGAAGAAGGUCUCUGGUUCUUCAUCCAAGAAGAAGAAGACUCCCAUAGCUUCUACAUUCCCUAGGAGUCGAUCUCUUCUCACCACGCCAAGGAGACUCCCUGCCCAAGAGCCUCACAGAGCCUCGUCAUUUGAACCAAGGGAAGGAGACAACACGCAGAGGAGGAGGAAGAGUUCCAAGGCCCGACGCUCUAACUCGACCAGUGGACUCGAUCGAGUCCAAACAGAGGAAACUCAACUCGGUCGAGCUGAUGGUCGAGUUGAUCUUGAGAGGUCAGAAUUCGAAAACCCUGGAUUUGGUACGAUCAGGCACCUUACCAGGACUACCCAUAUAGCCACUGGAACCCAUACGGCUGGUUUGAGCAACCCAAGCUCCACCAAGGCCAAGGAAGCCACACACGCUUUGAGGAAGAAGAAGAGGAGCCGCAAGCUCGAUCGAGCGGCAUAG